AUGGCAUCUCAGUUAGGGGACCAGAAAGCGGAAAAGUCCUAUUUGACAACUGCGGUCGAGUCAAUAAAUCCAUGGGGCGGGAAGCGAGACUCAUCGCCGGCUCCGGAGGCAAGCAAGAAAGCAGACAAGAAACAGACUUCAGAACCAGCAACUGAGGGCCCUGGUGAUCACAGCAUUACCCAUCUGUACGGGCAAAGCUUUCGCACAUAUCCUGCAGACUGUCCUCCACUCAAAGUUCAGUGGUAUCAUGCUAUUGAUGUACCCAAACGCAAAGGCGUCUCUGUGAAAGAGCGGCAGAAGCCUGCGACAAGUGAAAAGCCCGUACAGAAACCGAAAAAGUUCUCCGCCUUCUCGACAUCUGAUUCCAAAGCGAUUGAGUCGAGAUAUCAGCAGCUGCUCGAGGCCACUGAAAGCCCGACCAAGGCGCCACCUAGGGAGAUUUCGCAGUCUGUGCCAGUGAAUGAGGAUUUCUUGUUCGAUGUGGUCAUUGACCAGCGCGAGCUAUCACCUGUCUAUUGGCUAGGUCCGGUUUACGAAGUGAGGAGGGGUACCUGGUUCUUCCAGGAAGGGACCAGUCUGCGGCCAUGCGAAGAGAACCUCGCAGCACAGCUUGAGGAGGGUUAUUUGAAAACAAAGCCAUGGAGAAGUCCAGCACGUUCCAGAAGCCAAUCAGUGGCCAAGUCAGUCACACCAAAGCAGUCUCGGGAUAACAUCAAAGCUGCUGCUGGCAAGGACGCGACGCCCAACCCUCCAGAAACUGUGGGACAGACUGCUGGGAAUCAGCCGCAAUCUUACCGCCUAUUCGGCUCUCACAUGAAUAGCUUUGUUACUUAUCAGGACGGCAGUACGGCUUGGCUCUCGACCGACACCAUGUUGUCCUGGGUCACAUCCUCAGUGUACGAACGGUUCUCAGGGGGAGGGUACAUGAGCGGCAUCAAGCUGGUUCGUGGCUACACAGAGCCUUCUAAGCCCAAGGAAAGCGAGCUUCAAGAAAAGGACAAGUCCAAGGCCCCCGUUUCCGCCACCGCUGAGGAUGUACCGGGGCUGGAUCAACGACAGCAGAAGCUCCUGAACCGUCGUUCCGCACCACCUUCGACAAAAGCUGUGGUUCAAAAUCAGGAGGCUGAUUCGGAGCCAACGAAACCAACAGCCAUGGAGGGCCGCGGGGCCCGGCUGCAGAGGCAACUGUCAUCCCUAAUGGAGGGUGGCAAUCCCAUCGAGACCGAGGAGCAAAUGCAAGAACGUCAAGAGCAGGAGAUGCGAGAUUACCACACCCAAGCAGGAGAGAGCCAGAAGCGAGAUGUUGACCACUUGAUCCUCGUCACCCAUGGCAUUGGUCAGCAACUAGGUCUACGCAUGGAAAGCAUUAAUUUUGUGCAAGAUGUCAACGUACUAAGGAAGACUUUAAAGUCGACAUAUGCCAGCUCAGCUGACUUGAAAGCACUUAACUCAGAGCUCAAUGCAGAGCUUGGAAACUGUCGUGUCCAAGUCCUUCCUGUUUGCUGGAGACACUUGCUGGACUUCCCAAGGCAGCGAGAGAGGAAAGAAGAGCACGAUCUGGGCGAUGUUGAUGAUUUGGAAGACAACUAUCCUUCCCUUGAGGACAUCACCAUAGAAGGUGUCGCAUUUGCUCGGUCUCUCAUCUCCGACCUAGCUUUGGAUGUUUUACUCUACCAGAGCUCGUACAGAGAGCAAAUUGCUUCCAUUGUCUUACAAGAAUGCAAUCGCAUCUACAGGCUCUACUGCGACAGGAAUCCCGGCUUCAAAGGCAAAGUUCACCUGAUGGGGCACUCUUUGGGGUCGGCUAUCCUAUUCGACUUGCUCUGCCGGCAGAAAGAUCCCAAGGCCGAUCAUGCAAAAACCAACCCCUUGCGCUUCUGGCCUGGGAAACAACAAUCAGACAUGACCCAUUUGACAGCCAAAGAGCGGCGCCUCGCUAUGGAGUUUGAGGUAGAUGAUUUCUACUGUCUAGGAUCGCCCAUCGGGCUGUUUGAGAUGUUGGAGGGCAGAACAAUAGCUGCUCGUCAAGCUCCCAAACCACAUGCGUCUGAUGAUGUGUUGCAGCGGGAGCUUGAGGAGGUUGAUCUAGCCACUCGAUCCAUGGGAAACACUGCCGAAGGCAUCCCACAUCAAACGUUGCAGUCAACGCAGGUUUCAUCGCCAAAAGCUCGGCAACUCUUCAACAUUUUUCAUCCUUCAGAUCCCAUUAGCUACAGGCUCGAGCCUCUCAUUUCGCCGGCCAUGCGUUCUUUAAAACCACAAGGUCUGCCCUAUACGAAGAAGGGCAUCUUUGAUGCGGCGAACGAGGGCUUGACUGGUAUUGGCGCAAAGGUAGGCCAGAGUGUCAGCGGCCUCUGGUCAAGUCUCAGUGCCGGCAUUGCUAGCAACAUGCUCAACCGGAGCCUUGGCCUCACCAGCGAAGAGGUGGCCCAGAUGACAGACCACACCCAAUCAGCUGCGAGGCAGUCUGCGUCUUCCAAGACGACGGAUGCCGCCAGCAAGGCUCUUGCAGACGAAUCGAGGAUUGGAGAGCGAACAGAUGAACGCAAGAAACAACUGGCGGACUCAGCCACAUCAAGCGGCAAGGGCAUUGCUGGAGGCAACGACGCGACGUUGAUCGACGAUGAGCUCGAGACGCUGUACUCGCAAUUUCAGAAACGUGGACCCGAGACUGCAUCGAAGGACGAUGGUGAUGGCGGGCUUGGCGGCCCUGACGGCACGCGCAAAGCAAAGAAGAUGCGUGCCGAAGAAGCCAAAGUGAGAGCUCUUAACAGGAAUGGUCGGGUAGACUACAGCAUCCAGGAGAGUGUUCUCGAUUUCAACCCCAUCAACACCAUAGCCUCUCAUAUGGGUUACUGGUCGGAUGUCGAUGUGAACCAUUUCAUUUUAUCUCAAUUGCUAUCUAGCCGUUCUGGUCUUGGGAAGACGGAAACAAGCCAAUCGACAAAAACAAAAUGA